AUGCUUGAUAUAGACAAAAUCAUAGAACUUUUCACAAGACAGGACAAACCCAUGAAUUUCAUUGCUUGGUUUAUUGAUGAACCCGACGCUACACUUCAUACGCACGGCUUUUAUGACGGUGCAUAUGUGAACACACUGUCCCGACUUGAUGAAGUUUUUGGACAUUUGAUCAGUGAAAUGGAAAAGCGUGGCCUUACGAAGGAAGUCAACAUCAUAUUGACAUCUGAUCAUGGAAAUGAACAGAUUAACGGCGCAAAAAACAUAUUCUGUGUAAAGGAUUAUGUGGAUCUUAAUCGAGUCAAGUUUGGCGACAACAUGAUUUACACCGAUACUCAAGCCCUUGCUCGUGAAGUGUAUAAUAAUCUAUCAAAUGCUGUGGAUGAGACACGUUUGAAGAUCAGAGUUUUUACAAAACAUGGCUUUCCUAAUGAUCAUUUCUACAAGGGAAUGUCAUCGCGAAUAGGUGACGUCAUACUCGAACCCGACAUCGGUUACUACGUGGAUUUCUUUCGUACGAGGAAGCAGUUAGACGAGUUCUACGAUCACGGAAGGAUAAAAGUGAACUUUUCUUACUAUGGCCAAGAUCCAAAAAAUAGCGAAAUGCAUGCUAUGCUUGUUAUUGGUGGACCCGAUGUCGUCAAGCCUCAAAGAGUCGGUAGAACCGCACAUAUUAUCGAUUUAUAUCCUUUGAUGUGUCACCUUCUUGACAUUCCUGCUGCUCCAAAUAAUGGAACACUCAGCAGGAUUGCGUCAACAUUUUAUCUCAAGAAUUACAGACAUGGG